AACUGCAAAAAGAAAGAGAGGGACAUUGCUUGUUUAACCUAUUUGAAUCCCGCCUAAAUCUAAAGAGCAGUCUUUUGUGACUGUAUUUGCUGAUGGCAGCCUACAGAAAAAAAAAAGAAUAGAUUUUUUUUUUAUCAAAGCAAAGAGAGAAGAGCAUUAUGGGCAAAGUAACCCACAAGAGAAAUCCCGAUACGUCUACUGUAGAAACAUCAGCGAAUGCUUCAGAAAAUGCAGGCAUUGUUAUUUCAGCCUUUGACAAUAGUGCCACUGCUGAUUAUUUCGCUUUGAUCACGCAUGGUAUUGAUCGUCACCGUCUUCGUAUCUUUAAUGUACGAUCGGGUACUGUCAGUAACGACUAUUCUGCUCAAGAAAAAGAAAAGAUUACGUGUUUGACUUGGGGUUAUUUGAAAGACACAGGCGACUUACAGGCUAAUACAGUUCAGGCAUUCAAGAAGAAGAAGAGUGGCAUGACUUCAUUGACUCGUGUGAUUGCAUUGGGUAUGCAUUCUGGCUCGAUUGCUUUCUAUUCUUUGUCUCAUGGUGCUAUUAUCAAGACAUUGCAAGGAUCACAUACGACACCCAUUACUGAUUUUGUGAUGAAUAAGGAAGGUUCUCGAGGUUAUUCUGUUGCUGAAGAUAAUCUGAUUAUUGAAUGGGAUAUUGAGGAAGGAAAAGAGUUGCACAAAUGGAAGACAGACGCAAAGAAUGUACAUAAACUCAAAUUGAGUCAUAACGAGACCAAGUUGGCUACAGCGGGCCAUACUAUCACACUUUGGGACUUGAGUACUUAUGCCGUAAUGAAGAAAUUCACAGGUCAUGCUAGUGCUAUUAAAGAAAUGGCAUUCUCACACCAAGAUGAUGUGCUUGUAUCUAAUGCUGAAGAUGAUCGUUAUGUGAAUGUAUGGGAUGCUCAACCUAACACUAAUUCCAACAAUAUAACAGCACUCACCAUGGAAACCAAUGUAGCACAUAUUGACUUCUCAAGCACAGAACCCUCUGCCUUGGCUGUAGCAGACAAUGGCCUUGUCAGUAUCUGGGAAAAUGCUUCUUUGAUUACUGCACAACAACCUACAAACAACAAGAGAAAAAUGAUGCGUGCUAUGACAAAAGAAGCAGAUGCUCAUCUUAAGCUUGUCUCUUCAGAAUCCAGCGAGACAGUGAUUCCUAUUAUUGCAGCUAAAUUCGUGACAGACAAUGGUGGUAAAUCCAUCAUGAUUGCCCGAGGAUCGAGUAUCAAACCUUCUUUUGAAGUGGUCAAGUAUGUUGAUGAAGAAACAGGUGCUAUUUUGCGUGAUAUCACACUCACUCGACAGCCCAUGACAAACUAUUUGAUUAAUACAGCUUCUAUUGCUGCUAAUAACUUGAGAACAACUCGCAAAGCAUAUGAUGAAUCUACUGUUACUGUGAUUGGUAAUGCUGAUUUUGCUAUUAAAGCACCCACCAUGGCCACACAAGAAGAAGCAGAAGAACAAGUUCAAGAGGAUACAGAACCUUCUAUUGAACAAAAACUUCAAAGUUUAGAUGUUGUUGAUGCCACUUCCAACAAGGCUAAAAAGAGCAACAAGAAGAAGGCGAUUGAUACACCUUCUGCUGGUUCAUUACAGACAGUUUUGGUGCAAGCAUUACAUUCAAGUGAUGUUCAGUUAUUAGAAGCAUGUCUACAACACACUAAAGUGGAUGUGAUCAACAACACAAUUCGACGAUUACCUACACAGUAUUUGAUUCCUCUGUUACAAGAAGUGAUUCAACGAUUUCAAGAAAAACCUGCCCGUGCUCCUGCCCUGUUGAUCUGGAUCAAGUCUAUUUUAUUGAUCCAUACAGCUUAUCUGAUGACUGUACCUGAUUUAGUAGGCAAACUCUCUAAUUUCUACCAGGCGUUAGACACGCGUCUCGGUGUGUUUCCUAAAUUACUGGCGUUAAGAGGUCGCUUAGAUAUUGUUCAGAGUCAAGUGAAUGUCAAGGCUUAUUCUAAUAUCAAUGACAAACAAUUACAGCGUGCUCAAUUACCUGAGAAUGUCUAUGUAGAAAUGGAUUCAGAUGAUGAAGCAGAAGCAGAAAUAGAACAAGAAGAUGUCUCUAGUGAUGAAGAUAUGGCUGAUAUGUCAGAUAUUGAAUAAAACAGAGAUAUGAAACUGUUACACUAAAUAGACUUUAUAAAAAAAAAAACUAUUUUUUUAUUUUUUU